UACAUAAUUGGAAAGAAGCAGGUGGGAUCAAAGACGCAGCAGCAGCAGCUCUUGUAGGAGUAGCAGCAGAAGAAAGGCAUCAUCUAUUACAAGAUUAAGCAGAGUAUUUCGAGGUCUAAUUAUCCAUCUAAUGGCGGAUUCUUGAUCCAAUUUGGAUUUCCGCAAUACAAAAUACAUAUAUAAUAGAAUUAUAUAUAUAUAAAUUCCAUGGCCGGAGGUACACCGCAGCAUUCGCUAAUCUAAUCUUAUCUCCUGACUGACGACGGGUUUCACUUUCUUCCUCAAAAAUCCCAACCCUCGCAGCGCCACCAUCUCCAUCGCCUCCUCGUCUCCAAUCUCUGCGCGGCGGCGGCCGAUUGCGCGAUAAAAAGACGAAUCUUUUUUAUCCAAUCGGGUCAUGUACCAAAUCCGAUCCGUUUAGUCGGCGUGUUCGAGGGCUCCGAUUGAAGAAAUGACGAGGAGAUGCUCGCAUUGCAGCCACAACGGGCAUAAUUCGCGGACGUGUCCGAAUCGAGGGGUGAAGCUUUUUGGAGUUCGAUUGACUGAUGGCUCGAUCCGGAAGAGCGCUAGUAUGGGUAAUCUGUCGCAGUAUAUGUCCGGCGGCGGCGGCGGUAGCGGCGGUGGUGCUCAAAACGGCGCCGUCCAUGGAGACUCUCCGGCCGAUACUCCCGACCAUCCAUCGGCCGACGGUUACGCUUCCGAAGACUUCGUUGCUGGAUCGUCUUCCAACCGUGAGAGGAAGAAAGGUGUUCCAUGGACGGAGGAGGAGCAUAGGAUGUUUCUACUAGGCCUGCAAAAACUCGGAAAGGGAGACUGGCGCGGCAUUGCGCGGAACUAUGUAAUUUCUAGGACGCCUACUCAGGUGGCUAGUCAUGCCCAAAAGUACUUCAUAAGGCAAAGCAACGUGUCGAGAAGGAAGAGACGGUCGAGUCUCUUUGAUAUCGUGGCUGAUGAAUCUGUCGAUCUUCCCAUAGAAUCCCGCGACUUUCUCCCCCUGAAUCCGCUGCCAGCCGAGGCACAAACCAGCCCUCCCGUCCCACCACCAGCCGUGGACGAAGAAAGCGAGUCGAUGGAAUCUGCCAGCUACAACAACGACAACGAAACCAUUCCCGCAAACCCAGACGGCGCCCCGCAAUACCCAUUCCCCGUCAUCUAUCCCGCGUACGCGGCCCCAUUCUACCCGGUGUCGAUCCCAAUAUGGGCAGGGUACAACGCAGACCCGCCCCCCAAGGAAGAAACUCACGAAGUCGUGAAACCUACCGCCGUCCACUCAAAGAGCCCGAUCAACGUCGACGAGCUCAUCGGGAUGUCCAAACUAAGCCUGGGCGAAUCACUCGGUGACGCCGGCCCCUCGACGCUCUCGCUCAAACUAGCUGAAGGCUCGGCACGACCGUCCGCUUUCCAUGCCAACCCGGCUCCCGACAGGUCGGAAAUAAACUCGGCGGCGACGGCGACAACGGCGACUACUCAUAAUCAAAUUCAUGCUGUCUAGAGAAGGAAUCGAAGUAUGGUAUGGACGGUUUGAAGAUGUGUCUGUUAAUAGAAAAUUAGCAGUUAGAGUGAGAAUGGAGUGUCUCUAUUAGUAAGUUAUGAAUCACAUCUGAUCUGUUGUUCUUGCUAGAGAUUCCUUCAAUAACUACAUUUGAUAUAUAUAUAUAUAUGUAUGUAACUUUGUGUUAGGCCAUUAGAGCAUCUUCUUGCCUAAGACCUGUAGACAACAUAAAAAAUGCUCUUUGUCAGAAAUUUUAUUGAAUCUUUUUUCAUAUUUCAA